AACAAGAAGUUAAUUUUUCUUGGGAUUCUGGGUAACCUCAUAAUAAAUUCUCGAUAAUCUCAUAAUAAAUUAUGGGUAACCUCGUAAUAAAUUCUUGGUAUCCCCGUGUAAUGAUUUAACCAGGCAAACAUUGCAUUUGAUUCUUUUAGACCAAGAAUCAUGGCUUCUAGCGAAAAUUAUGAAUUCGGAAGUAGCAGCAAUUUGAGAAUUUCGUUGUUGGAGAAACGAGAAGUGGGAGUGACGAAAGCCCUAGAUCGAAUUAGUAAGUUGCCAGACUCACUUCUUGUUCGAAUUCUCUCCGUUUUGCCGACACAGGAGGCAUUCACAACCUCUAUUCUCUCAAAGAGGUGGCGCUAUGUUUGGCCUUAUGUUGAUAGCUUCAAUUUCACUCGUAAAAAUUAUCUGAAAACAAAAGACUUUGUAUCCUUUGUAGACUAUGUAUUAGCUCGUUCCCUUUCUUCCAAAAUAAAAAGAUUAGAUAUUGACUGCAGCUACCUGCAUCCAUACAAAUCACAUGUUAGCAGAUGGCUUAGUAUUGCUGUUGAAAAAAAUGUGGAAGAUUUUGUAUACCGCUCAAGUUCCAAUAGUAAUGGUUGCACAUUGCCUCAAUCUUUCUACUACUGCUCGUUGGUAACAUUACAUUUGACAUUUUAUUGCUUUGAUUAUGGAGCGGUCAUUAAGUGGAAGUCUCUAAAGAAUAUAAAGUUGGAGUAUGUGGUGUUAUCCGAUGACGACUUUGUGAAGUUAUUGUCUGGUUGUCCUGCUUUAGAAACUAUGGAAGUUGAUAUGGUUGGGGGCUUUAGUCGCUUGGAAAUUAGUUCCUUAAAAAUGAAGAGACUAAAUUUGAAAGGCUUGUUGUAUUUUAGUAUUGGGAAUGAUCACUUCUUGGAAAUUCAUGCUCCAUAUCUUCAUAAUUUUGAGAUUUCAGGAUUUCAUCAGGAAUGUAGUCUGGUAGACGUGUCUUUGUGGUGAAUGCAAAGCUUACGUUCUACACUAGAUGUACCAAAGAUGUACAUGCUCUUCUUGAAGAAGAUAUUGAUGAUGAGGAAGAUAGUUGUAAGGAUUCCCAUCAAGUUUUUGGGACCCUCGUCCAAGAUUAUCUACAAAAGUUGAGUUGUGCAAUUGAGCUUACAAUAGGAACUUGGUUUAUAGAGGUCAUGUGCAUGUUGCAACUCGAAGGAGUACAGAUUCCCGAAAUGAAAUGCAAAUAUCUAAUGCUAGAGGAGUUGGAUCUGGAUAAGCUUAAUUUGUUUGGGGUAGCUGGCCUUUUGCGAGCCUUGCCGCAUGUGGAGACACUCAACAUAGACUUUACUACAGUUGAGUUUAUGGGUAACCGCUGCCAAUCUGAGUUAAGAUAUUUGGCCAAAGGAGAAUCCAUUGAUUUGCAGAAUUGGAUAUCAAGCUUCGAGUUUCCCAACCUCAAGAAUGUUAAGAUUGUCAUCCCCUUAAGGACAUACUUGAAUGAUCAUACGAAUUGGGGCUUGGACAAGCUUUACAGACUUUCAGAA